GGUUAAUGAAAUGCCCGCAUGAGAUUUAUUUAUCUCACUUCUCCACGGCGUUAAGGGCGAAGAUACACAUUACGCAGAGCAUCAUGCAAAAGAAAGGAGCGAGUUUGUUUCCAUCAGAGAGCACCUUGAAGCCAAAGCUCACAAUUACCAAGAUUAUAAUCGGGAAGAUCACGCCGGAGCUGUGCUAAAAGUGGUGCCUCGCCCAGAACAUGCUGUAAGUUUGAAUUUAUAAAAAGGCUUACUCCUGGCCGUCACCAAGAGGUUGAAGUGUUGCAUUGACUUCAGCACAACCUUCCUGCCAGCGGAAUAGUCUUCAACAACAAGUGCAGUUAGUUUUGCGCGGAUCCUUCGCUUGGAAUACGCACAAAUCUUCAUUCUCUUCACAACACUUCCUCUCAUUUAACGCUUCCUUUCCCUUAUUGAACAUCAAUGGCCGCUGCUGCCGUUGCACCAACUAUCGUUUCUUUCGAGAGCACUGUAGAUCCUGCAGCUCUUGUCUAUCACAUUGAUCUCUUCCUUAUCGCAAUAUUCGCUGCAGUAGUUCUCCUCCGACUUCCUCGUGCUAUUGCUCGUUUUUGGAAAUUUUCAGAAUGGGGGACUGGAUAUAUACUUUAUCAUACAAAUUUUAGACGCAGUGCAACACGUCGGGUCGAGUUCAAUUCCGAGGCCGGCUCAAGGCACCACGACUUGGCAACUGAUGAUACUCACUGGUCUUCUGUCCAACGCGUCAAUGAGAAGGGUGCUGCUCCGUCGUAUCCCCCUCAUGUGUCGUCUUGCCCUCAAGUCUUUCGUGGUGCUCUCCAGCUUCUACAUGCUCGAUUCAAUCCUGGAGUCUCCAUGCUCCAAAUCAUAAUCAUCGUGAUUUACAUCGCUACUCUCGUUUACCCUGCAUUCUAUAAAACCAAUCCAUUUAGCGACCCUGUUCGAUAUGGAUGGAUUGGCGUAUCUCAAUUACCAUUUGUGUUUGCACUUUCGUCGAAGAACAACAUCCUCGGGUGGUUCCUUGGGUCUGGAUACGAAAAGGUACAUAUUCUUCAUCGAGUCAUUGGCCGUGUCAUCGUCCUUUCUGUCAAUAUUCAUGGUUUGGGUUUCAUAUAUCAGUGGAAUCUUGAGGGAGUCUUCAUGAGCAAGAUCGCCAACCCCAACAACUACUGGGGCUUAAUCGCGCUGAUUUGUGCCGACAUUCUCAUCAUCUUUUCCACGAGCUGGUUGAGGAACAAGGCCUAUACUCUUUUCCUCUCUACGCACAUCGUCUGUGCCUCACUCAUCCUUCCGGCGAUUAUCACACACAAGCCAGCAACAUCGCCCUACGUUCUUACCGCCGUCGGCAUAUUCGUUCUCGAUAGAGUCAUGCGAUGGAUUAAGACAAGAAUCACCACUGCCACUAUUCGUCCACUGCCUGAACUUGGCGUUACACGCGUGGAAAUUCCUUCCAUCAACGCGGGGUGGCGUGCUGGUCAGCACGUUCGCAUUCGUGUUCUUUCUUCGGGAAUGGGAAUCAUCGGCUGGUCGGAAACACACCCUUUCACGAUUGCUUCUAUCGUGAAAGGUGAAGAAGGCAUGAUCCUCAUGUGCAAGAAGACUGGCGAUUGGACGAACAAGUUAUACGACCUCGCGAAGUCAAGUGCUUAUGAAGGUGAAGGCGAAGCUAGAAAAGUUAGAGUUUCUGUAGAAGGACCUUAUGGUGGUCCUGGGCACCGAAUGUUCUCCAGCUUCUCCGCUGCUGUGUUCGUCGCCGGUGGCAGUGGAAUCACAUUCGCUCUUUCCUCCAUUCAGGAUUUGAUUCAAAAGGAUCUGGAGGGUCACAGUCGCGUCAAAGUAAUCCACUUGGUGUGGAGCGUCCAAGAACCAUCUUCGCUCGUACCUCUACUCCCCCUACUCACCUCACUUGUACAACAAAGUGUCUUCACGCCAAUUAGAAUAUCUGUCUUCUACACUCGCGCACCCAUCGGAAAGUUCCCUUUCCCUGAUACGUUCUUCCGUUCUACAGCCCUCACACUAUCUCCUGGGCGACCGAAAGUGUCAAAGAUCCUCGAAGCUUCUAUCAGCAAGGCUGUCAGUCUUGGAUCCGGGGUGAAAGACCACGAGAAGAUAACAGGCAUGAUAGUCGGCGUUUGUGGGCCACUCGGGUUGGUUGAUUCCGUCGCCGCUGAAGUGGGGAAGGUGGAUCCGCUCAGGAGAGAUCAAGUCGGUGGUAUAGAAAUUCAUGACGAGUGCUUUGGAUGGUAAACUGCCGACCAAACACGACAAGAACGAACCUUAUGCGUUAUGUUGUACAAAUUAGAACUGCUCGUAGAAAUCAGUAAUCAUCGUUCCUCUGAGAGGACGCAUUUCUUUUUCACUAUUUCUCUUCACUUACCUAGUUCUAUGAAUGAUUUCCUAGAGGGAUUGUUACUCACUAUCUAGUCUAUGCUUAUUCUACAUAUUUUCCGUUCGUAUGUUCUGCUUUCUCAUGGCCAAGUGCUCUAUACCUAACUUGACAUUUUCCUUUUUUCUUGGUAUCUUUUUCAGACUUGACUUGUCUGAAGUUUUCUUCUCUUGCUUGAUGCUACUCACGCUCCUCGUUUAUGUACUUUGC